AUGAACCAUUCCCUGCCUGCAUCGACAACAACAACAGUACGCUUGUACGCUUUGACGCAUUUACACACGCACACACCCUAUUACGCUAUUAGAAAUAGAAGUGAGAUGUUUGAUUUAUCACGUUCGUUCUUAGCACAGAUUGCAGCGGAGCAGAAAAAGGUUUGGUUUCUGUACGGAUUUUCAGUUAUGUUUAUAGGAGGAAUAUAUCGUAUUAAAAGGAAUUGGAAGGACACAACGACCAAAAACGGAAGCUUUAUUAUCUAUUGA